AUGCUGAGACGGAGGAUAUUGAAUCGGGAUACCUCGAUCUGCGCAUUCUGUCGGUAUCGUCAAUCUCUCCGACUGCCCACUGCACGACCCCGCGCUUUCUCGAGCUCACCAUGUCACAAGAACGAUGACCAGAACCGGCCCAGCUGGGGGACCCCGGCCGGCGCAGCAUCUGGGGCUAGCUGGGGCAGCUCUCUCCCCUCGAACAAUGCCUCAGAUGAAGCAAAAAUUCCGUCCAGAGACGUCCCGAACCGCUCCGGCCCCGUGCAUCAGGACACACUGUUAAGCCGGCACGAGAUAGCGGCGCGAGAAGCAUUGUUGAAGAAGAAGCUUGCGCAAGAAGCACCACGGUCACCAGCCCCCGAGUUCGUCGAUGAGAGGGUCAAGGCUCGAUAUGUAUGGAACCCUGAGAGACAACAAGAAAUUGAGAGGAACCUAAGGAGAGAAAAUCCACUGCGUCUCAGAGACUACUCGGGAAUGCAAAGAGAACCUCGAACUUUCGUGCCGCCUAUACAGCGGGGAUCCGAUCCCGGUUCAAACACAUCGAUCAGAUUUGAGCGAGCCAGACCGUCAGACCAGAGGCCCCCUCCUAGGGAGGUGAAUUCAUUCCACAGGCGGAUCGUGAAUAACCCCGAGGAGUCCCCAGUGACCUUGGUUCCAUCAGCACCUGGUCGUAAUGAGAGGAGCACCUCUCCAAGGCAACGACGCGGGGAUCCGGCUCUGGAACUCGGCCAUGAUAUCGUCAGACCUCGUUUGUCAAAUAUGGCACAGAGUGGCAGUUUCUGGUCCACUCCACCACAACCAACAAAGACCUCAGAGGACUCGGGCUCUGCGAGACCUAUACCAUCACAUGCGGCAAGCGGCUGGCCAUCAGACGCUUCAGCAAGCAGGACAGCAGAGAGCUCCACAUCAGUUUCACGUGGUGAAUCUGAGAGACGGACACCAUUCAUGAAUAUAGGAACCCGGGAGAACCGCAAUAGAUUUGACCACAGUGCAAGUCGUGGUGAUAACGUUAUGCAACCGGCUUAUGGCAACGAUAGCUGGUCUCCACGUACGCGUAACCAACGAGACACAAUUCCCGGCGGAAGCAAGUCGAGGGACCGGGGACUAUCGGACAAUAACUUUUACCACACUCCGUCAAACGACAGAUUCAGCAGAAGUCCGACCAGGGACGUAGACUCGACGGCUGAAACGCCGACGCCUUGGCGUCAACUUGCGCGAAAACAAACUCAGGAAAAGUCAAAUAAGGGGGACUUUUGGGCUGCUUUUGGUUCUAAUAACGGCCGGGAUGCUGAAGGGCGGAAAUCCAGGAGUCAGGUAUCUGGAAAAACAGCGAAGGGGUCUCUGGACAGCAAGAUUGUUGGUCGUGAAGAUCCAAAACCCAAUCCCUCGGAUGACUGGGGCAAGGAGUUCGAUCAGAGAAUUGAGUAUAGAAAGAUGAACCGGCAACAACCCGCAGCAAGCGAAGCCAAGUCUGAAACAAAGGAGGUUCCGUUACCGCAAUCUGACUAUGAAUCUCAAAGUAGAUCUCAGAAGCCCAAAGGCCGGGAUCGAGACCGAGAUAGAAGGCUGGAACGAUUCGAAAGAGAAGAGCGAACGGAUAAAGCACGCGGGAAGCGAUCAAAGCGGCAAUCUCGAUUUGGUGAUGCUGAUGAAGACGAGGAGGUUGUCAGCAGUUUCGACCGCUAUCAGGAGAGACGACGGCAAAAGGCAGAGCGCAAGGCGCAGCGCGACUCCGAGCAGACAGAGCCAAGACCGAUUCUCCUGCCAGAACUGAUCAGUAUAACGGCCUUGGCGGACGCGCUGAAGAUCAGGCCAGACGAGUUCUUGGUCCAAUUAGGCGAGCUGGGCUUCGAAGGCGUGACGUUGGACAGUCUCAUGGCGGGUGAGACCGCGGCACUGGUCGCGCAAGAAUAUGGCUACGAGCCCACCGUCAGGUCGGGCGAAGGUGAUGACCUCAAACCCCGUCCUCCACCCGUGGAUCCUUCAGUUCUACCGGAACGACCGCCCGUUGUAACUAUCAUGGGCCAUGUAGACCAUGGUAAGACGACGCUCCUCGACUACCUGCGCAAGUCCUCCGUCGCAGCACAGGAACACGGCGGCAUCACCCAGCACAUCGGUGCCUUCUCCGUGAAGCUUUCAUCGGGAAAACCUAUCACAUUCCUUGAUACCCCUGGGCACGCAGCAUUCCUCACAAUGCGACAGCGAGGUGCGAACGUUACCGACAUCGUCGUCCUGGUUGUAGCCGCGGAUGACAGUGUCAAGCCUCAGACCAUCGAGGCACUGAAGCACGCACGCGCUUCAAAGGUGCCCAUAAUUGUAGCGAUCAACAAGAUCGACAAGGAUGGUGCCCGCAUUGAUCUUGUGAAGCAUGACCUUGCUGAGAACGGCGUUGAGAUUGAGGAUUUUGGAGGAGACGUCCAGGUCGUGUGUGUCAGUGGCAAGACCGGUGAGGGUAUGGCCGACCUAGAAGAGAACAUUCUUACACUUUCCGAAAUUCUGGAUCACCGAGCCGAAGUUGAUGGCCCAGCCGAAGGAUGGAUCCUCGAGAGUAGCCUCAAAACGACGGGCAAGGCCGCCACUGUACUUGUCAAACGAGGUACACUGAGACCAGGUGACUACAUUGCGGCUGGUCUAACAUGGGCCAAGAUCCGACAUCUCCGCAACGAAGCUGGUGUUGACGUCGAUGAGGCACCGCCCGGAAGUCCCGUCGAAAUUCUAGGCUGGAAAGAUCUUCCCGCUGCUGGAGAUGCCGUCAUCCAAGCGCCGGACGAGGGCAAAGCCAAGAGUGCAGUUACCUACCGCGAGGGCCUUCGUGAGCGUGAGAAGGAUGCCGCCGAUUACGAGGUCAUCGGCGAGGCUCGUAAAGCCCUGCAAGAGAAGCGUGCUCGCGAGAAAGCAGCUGCAGAAGGAGCGGAAGAUCCCACAGCCGCCGAGGAGCUAGCCGAUGAAGAGGAUGGCACCAAGCUGGUCAACUUUGUCGUCAAGGGCGACGUCCACGGCUCGGUGGAGGCAGUAUGCGCCGCGAUCCUGGAGAUAGGCAGUCACGAGGUGCGGCCGCGAAUCCUGCGGUCAGCAGCCGGCCCGAUCAGCGAGUUCGAUGUCGAGCACGCGGCGACGUCCAAGUCGACCAUCAUCAACUUCGCCACGACGACGCCAGGCUACAUCAAGCGGAUGGCCGAGGAGCAAGGUGUGCGCAUUCUCGACCAUACCAUCAUCUAUCAUCUCGUCGACGAAGUGAAGGCCAAGCUCAGCGAGUACCUGACGCCCGAUGUCACUAGCCGCGUUCUGGGCGAGGCCGAGGUUCUGCAGAUCUUCCCGAUCAACGUGCGCGGGCGCGUGUACAAGAAUGUUGCCGGCUGCAGGGUGCGCAACGGCGUCGUCGCGCGGAACAGCCUGUACCGUGUGUUCCGGAAGGGAGAGAAGCUGUAUGACGGCAAGCUCGAGACCCUGAAGCACAUCAAAAAGAACGUGGAGGAGAUGCGCAAAGGUGCCGAGUGUGGCAUAGGCUUCGAGGACUUCCAGGACCUCGAGAUUGGCGACCAGAUCCAGGCGUACGACGAGGUCAAGACGGCACGGACCUUGUAA